UAAAAAAAAGGAUGACAAAAAGCGAGGUGUGGAGUCUUAGAACUAUUAAUAGAAAACACACUGUCAUCAACCGUGCUAUAUAAUAAUUAGCUGCUGUAAGGAGGAUACUGAUUCAAGAUAACUGUACCAAGUGCAGCAUGUGGAGUGUCAGUUAUCCGUGUCUCCUCCCUCUGAGUAUUUAAGCAUCUGCUCCAUCCAUGAGAGACUCGAGUUUUCUGAGUCACUGCUGAGAGUUUCUCCAGCCAAAUAAAUCAAAGUCCAUCACGCACAGGAGGUUUUUAAAAAUCCGCGAUUUCAAGUCUUACACACGUGUGAUAAUAUGAAAUGAACGGGAUACAUCGGUAUCCUCUCAAUAUUAGUUUGUCUUUUAAACUGCGCGUCUCUAUCUGAACUGAGGAACAUCAUCUCAACUUAAUUCAUUGGGACUUUAGAGGAUAACACACUGCUGUCAUGAAAUCCCUGCUGCUCGUUUGUGUGUUUCUGCUGCCUCUGCAAACACUCGCAUUGCCGCUGCGCAACAGAUCGAGUUUUCCCAGCAAACCCGGGAAGCUUCCAGAAACACGGGGUGGUAUCACUAUGGAAACCAUCACCAUUCCUUCAACAGCUUUGAGUGCCGGGGCAAGAGAGCGCCGUGCGGUCUGGAGGGCCCUCCUGCAUAAAGGACCCCUGCCGAAACAGACCAACAUGCCGGCCAAUCAAAACAGGGACCAUUUGCGGGAACGACGACAUGUCUUCAGAGGGUCACGCGGUCAGCUGAUGCGUGUGGGAUGCAUCCUCGGCACCUGCCAGGUACAAAACCUCAGCCACCGUCUCUACCAGCUGAACGGACAAAGCGGACGGCAAGACGCGCCGAUCAAUCCCAGAAGUCCACAUAGUUAUGGAUAAGACUAUGAGUAAACACAAUGUGAAACCCUAUCCAAAAAUGUGACAAUAGAAGACCACAGACACCAGCGGGCAACAACUGGCGUAAUCACUUCACAGGCGUCCUGUCUUGAGAAAUCAAAUUGAAAUAAAAGAGUUCAAUGUGCUUACUGUAACUUUAAGAACUCUAAGCUUCUUCACCUAAACAAGCAUUUAUUGCAACUGAGCCACAGAAACAACUCGUUAUGAACUUCUACAACUCUGAUGUCAUCUAACAUUAACAUACGGUAUGAUCGCCAACAUUAACAUGCAAGCUUCUAUUUAAAUUGUCAGAAACUUGGCCUUGCUUUUCAUAGUAGUAAGGAAGAUGUUAGAAAAUCCCAGAAAAAUAAAUGCCAAAAGAAAUAACAAUAAGUGUAAAUGAGGGAAAGUUUGAGAAACCCUGUGCCGUUCCUGACUGUGUGUAGCAUCUACGGCUCUGCAGAUACACUACCAGUCAAAAGUUUUUGAACAGUAAGAUUUUUAAUGUAUUUAUUUGAUCCAAAAUACUGCAAAAAUUGUGAAAUAUUUUUGCUAUUCAAAAUAACUGUUUUCUAUUUGAAUACAUUUUAAAAUGUAAUUCAUUUGUGAUUUCAACGCUGAAUUUACUUCAGUCACAUGAUCCUUCAGAAAUCAUUUUAAUAUUCAGAUUUGCUGCUUGAAAAAAAAUGUUCAACUGUUCAAAAGUGUUUCUUGAACAGUACAUCAACAUAUUAGAAUGUUAGAUUUGAAUAUUAGAAUGUUAGAUAGAAUGUUAGCAUAUUAGAUUUCUGAAGGAUCAUGUGACACUAUAGACUGUUGUAAUGAUGCUGAAAAUUUAGCUUUAAUCACAGGAAUAAAUUACAAUUUAAAAUAUAUUCAAAUAGAAAGCAGUUUUUUAAUAGUAAAAAUAUUUCACAAACUUACUGUUUUGCUGUGCUUUGGAUCAAAUAAAUGCAGGCUUGAUGAGCAGAAGAGAAUUCUUUAAAAAAAAAAAAAAAAAAAAAUCUUACUGUUCAAAUACUUUUGAUUGGUAGUGUACGUCUGAAGCUUUAAUUUCAGCAUGUAUUGUCCUCUUUAAUGUCUUAAAGUAAUGUGACUUUGGAGCCAAUAGAAAACACUACUAAAAAACAACUUAGUGGAUCUCAGGGAAAAGAAUAAAUAGUAAACAUUAUGUGUCCCACUUUAAUAAUCAGUUGUCCUUUUCUAAAGGUCAAAUUCAAGUGAAAGUCUUAAUAUUUCCCACCUAAGCUGUUUUUUUGAAACUUCAUGUCCUUCUGUAGUGAAGCGACUUGAACCUUCAUUAUCUUCACAGUAAUCCCACACCAUCUCUCAUUCUCUAAGCCAGGACAAAUCGUCUUUGACUGAGCCACCUAAAGCCGAACAGAGCUUCAAUGUGAACACCUUAAGAGUAAACAUCCUGUAUAUGGACACUUAAGCUGCAGUUAUUUAUGAAUCUAAAUGCAUGGUGUUUACUUAAAAGAAAGCUAGCACAAAAAGAAAUCAGUUAAAAACACUAUUGUUUGAAUUGAAGACAAAAUGCAUUUGGGUUUUUUGUAAUUCAGUGAUUAUUGGUGUCACAAUGACAUGUUGCAUCUAAAGGCCCCAUAUGGCUAUUUUUUCAGUGAAUAACUUAAAUUGAAUUCAAAUGAAAUUAAAAGAGCUACACAAGUUGUUUAAAAUUUCAAAAAUGGCUUAGAAUGUGUAGUUAGUUCUGAGAAAAGCUCAGUAUUUUCUUGCCGAUACCAUUCGGUUUGAUAUUUUGUCAGCAUAAUAGUAACUGUUUUCAAACAGGUUUCCGGAACUCUCCCCCCAUCAGCCAUUGGCUGGCCAAACAGAUAGUCCCGCCCCCAAACUCACACCUUUGGCUGAGCCAAUGUCAACUUUUUGGGCCGCCCAAACCAACAGAGUAAUGUUACAAGCGUCACAGACCCACACUGUUUACACUCUUCUGGAAAAUGAAAGUCUUACUUGUGCCGUCUCUGCACUUUACAGUAGAACUGGAGAAAGUAUUUUCACUUCGAAAAAUUACACACAGCCACUUUAAGUGUUCACAUACCUUUUGGGACCACUGUAUAUCCCCAUUUAAACUUUUAAAACGUCAAAUCUUCAUCCAUAAAGCUCUCAAACUUUCAACACUGUCUGAUGGUGUACGUUGCGCAUGCCAGUCUCGCAACAUAAAAUCACAAAUACAAAUAAAACAUGGGCGACAAAUAUAAACGCAACCCUCUGGCCAAACAAACACACACUCUCACACACAUUCAGUUUGUCAUAGUGUCAGCGGUGGAAUGUCUGCUAUCCUUAUGUUCACAUAUAGGUCAAAUGUUACUAUUAAACAUAAAGCACUUUAAAAGCGACAUGAUCGAUCACUUUCUUUAAUGCCAUUGACUUGAAUGGAAGAGAUGUUAUUUAAUUCUAAGUUAACAAAAGCUUGUGUACAUAUUUUGCAAGUGUAUAAUGACUGGAUGUUUGUAGUUAUGUGUCAAUGCUGUGUAUUUUAGUAUGAUUUAUCUGUUUCA